ACGCAAGAUAUGAAAUUCAAAUUUAAAGUGUGCCCAGCAGCUCAAGUGUGUAAAAUGGCAAAUCCACAGCGAACAGCAGGCCCAGGAUAUGGCCAACUUCUCAAACCCAAUAUGAAAUGACUCAAGAAAAUGCCUUUAAAUGACACAAAGACAGACGAGAGAGAGUGAAGAUCGUAAGGUCUGGCGCGGCGAAGAUGACCACGACGCUGAUGCCCUUUACAUACAACCGCCACAGGCUGUCAGCAGUCAGGGACGAGACGCUACGAGUUCGCGGCGAGAGAAGAAAAAGCAUUCACGGGACCGGCGCCACAAGGAGCGCAGCAGCCUGGAGGAGCGGGAGCGGGAACGUGAACGAGAGCGGGAGCGUGAAAGGGAGCGCUAUGAGUAUCGAGGAUCUCGUGAGGAUCUGGAACAACGUUAUCAUCAGCACCAUCAACAGCAUCGCAGUGAACGAGCCAAACAUCAUCUGAGCCACGCCUAUCAAUAUCAGCAACAGCUCCCCUUGCCGCCGCCUCCCCAGAGCUAUGUCCAUCACCAUCAUCAUCAACAGCAAUUAAUGAGCUUAUCCCGUGCUGGGGCGCGUGCCGAAUACUAUCAUAGCAGCCGGCAUGUCAAUUACGUAGAAGUGGAGCAGCCGCCGUUACCAUCUCAGCGUCGCUCCAGCAAACAUGGCUACGAGCAGCCAAAGGAUGCUGAGAGCUUGGAACAGGAUCUGCGCUCACGACUGCUCAGCAAGCGGCACAAAUACGUUAAAGACUAUGAGAUGGAGGAAAACUACGAGCAACAACAUUCACAUAGUCGACGCAAGGAGCGGGAAUCUCGGCACAGCAGCCACAGUCACAAACUGCGCCACGGUCAGGUCAUCGAGCUGCUGGACAGUCCCGAGUCAGGAGCAGUGCCGCAUCAGUCACAUCAUCGUAGCAAGCAAAGACGUUCUGAGAUCGAGGAAGCCGCCGAUCCUGUGCAACAUCAUCGCACAGUUUCUACUGAUCCAGAGUUGCUGGCACGACGAGAGAAAAUCUUGGCUGCCGAGCGUGAGAAUCGCAAGCGCAAGCAAAUUGCACGCGAGGAGCUGGAGGCGCGUCGGGAGCAACUGCUACGUGAACGCAAUGAGCACAGCGAUGCACUCAGUCCCAGCGCUGUGGCAGCCAGUGUAACCGCUGGGCUUAAUCCUGUCAAGCGCAAGCAAAAAAUUAAACUAGAAGAGGAGCACUACGAGCAUCGAAAACGAAGCAAGCAGCAGUCGGGUGAGGAAAACAAGCGGCAAGAGAAGCCAGCCGAAGAUGGCACCGAAGACAGUGACGACAGUGACUCCGAUGAGGAUGACGAAGACGAGGACAGUGGCAGCGAGGAGAGCGCCAGCGACUCUGCAGAGAGUGCUGAGAGCAGCUACGAACAGCCGCCACACAAGAAAAACAAGAGAAAAAUCCCCCAACCCGACGAUGAUGACGAUGUGCCACUGCCAGAUAGUCCACUGAGUGUGGGCGCUCUUUACAAGUCGCCGAAGCAAAGACCUCGUUCUCGCUCCGCCAGCUCCAAGAGCUCGGCGCAUAGUCACAGCAGUGCAGCCAGCAGCAAGAGUCGUCACAGCAGUCGAAGUCAUAGCAGUCGCAGUCGGUCCCGUUCCCGAUCGCCAAUCAGUAGCGGGGAGGAGCAACAGCGCUCACGUAGCAGCAGCACGCGCAGCGAGGAGCGCGGCAUGGCCCAACAGCAGCUGCAACAGCAGCCGCAGCCGCUGGAUAGUAGUGAGACCAGCACUGCAGAUAAGUUGUCAAAGGCACCUGUUGAGGAUUUGCCGCCAUGUGAUGACAAGGGUGUGCCUCUACCCAACUAUUAUCCGGGCGUGCAGGGCUGCCGUUCGGUAGAAGAGUUCCAGUGCCUCAAUCGCAUCGAGGAGGGCACCUACGGCGUUGUCUACCGCGCCAAGGACAAACGCACCAACGAAAUAGUCGCCUUGAAGCGUCUGAAAAUGGAAAAGGAAAAGGAAGGCUUUCCCAUAACAUCGCUUCGAGAGAUCAAUACGCUGCUAAAGGGCCAGCAUCCGAAUAUUGUGACGGUGCGUGAGAUUGUCGUUGGUUCCAAUAUGGACAAAAUAUUUAUUGUUAUGGACUAUGUGGAGCACGAUCUCAAAUCUCUGAUGGAAACGAUGAAGCAGCGCAAGCAGAGCUUCUUUCCGGGCGAGGUGAAAUGUCUGGCCCAACAGCUGCUGCUCGCUGUCGCCCAUCUGCACGACAAUUGGAUACUGCAUCGUGACCUGAAGACCUCCAAUCUGUUGCUCUCCCACAAGGGCAUACUUAAGGUGGGUGAUUUUGGCUUGGCACGCGAAUACGGCUCGCCUUUGAAGAAGUAUACCUCCUUGGUGGUCACGCUGUGGUAUCGAGCGCCAGAGCUGUUGCUCUGCUCACCGGAAUACUCGACGCCCAUAGACGUGUGGUCUGUAGGCUGCAUUUUUGCCGAAUUUUUACUAAUGGCGCCGCUCUUUCCGGGCAAAUCUGAAAUCGAUGAGCUCAAUCGCAUCUUUAAGGAACUCGGCACACCCAACGAAAAGAUCUGGCCAGGGUAUUCGGAACUACCGGCCGUUAAAAAUAUGCUGAGCCAGAACUCACAGUUCACGGAUUAUCCAGUGUCACAGCUGCGUAAACAUUUCCAGGACAAAACAUCAGAUGCGGGACUUGGACUGCUGCAGGGCCUGCUCACAUAUGAUCCAAAACAAAGACUGACUGCUGAUGCGGCGCUUAAGCAUGGCUACUUUAAGGAGCUACCCCUACCCAUCGAUCCAUCCAUGUUUCCCACUUGGCCAGCCAAGAGCGAGCUGGGCGCACGCAAGGCGCAGGCAUCGUCUCCAAAGCCACCAUCCGGUGGCUCGCAAUUCAAGCAGCUGGGCCGUGAUGAGCCCAUGCCAACUGCCACAGCUGGUGGCGGAGCUGGUGCUAAGCUCGCCUCCGGGAUCAUCACUGGCAACAAGAAGAGCGGUGCAACGGCGGCCAGCACAGGAUUUGUACUGAAUGCGGGUCUGACGCAACGGCAGCUGGCAAUGGGUCCAGGCUUCAGUCUGAAGUUCUGAGACCGAUUUGUGUGUGGUGUGUACAACAGAUUCGUAGCCAAUUUGAAUAAUUGUUAUGUAUAGUUUAGCGUGUAAGAUAAAAAAUGAGGAAACAAAAGAUAUCGUUUUAAUGUAUGUGUACAAAUAUUGUUCCAAAUAUAAUUUAAAAGCCAUACAAUCACA